AUGAAGUGUGUAGUACUUCUCGCGAUUUUCUCAGUCCUCGCCGUUUACUUCGUGGAGAGUGCUCAUUUGGGCCCGAAUUUCGGAGCGGGGGAUAUCAGCGGACAUCUGAAAAAUAAAAACUACAUCCUGAAGCAGCUGAAUUGUGUUCUGGGCAAAGGCGCCUGCGAUAAUGUCGGAAAGCAAUUAAAAGUUGCAAUUCCCGAGGUGUUAAAUAAAAAUUGCAAGGGUUGCACCAGUCAACAAGCUGCCAAUGCCAAGCGGCUGAUCACAUUUAUGAAGAGCAACUACCCAGCAGAAUGGAGCAAAAUUGCUGCGAAAUACAAAAAAUAA